AUGGCGCCGAAGGUCGUGGAGACCGUCGAGUUCGACGCGGACAUCCAUCCCAGUCGGCUCGGACGUCUGGUCAAGGUGCGCCACCGCGAUGAGGAAGGCGCGCUCUCGGCAUGGAGCCACGGCGUUUGCACCUGGGCCGAGACCCAGUGGAUAGAGGAGGAGGUGCCCGGCGGGAUCAGGAAGGUUGAGAUUCCCACGGGCGGGUACCAGCUGCAGUGGGGGCUCUUCGAGACUGUCGAGAUGGCGCUCCAGCAGAAACGAAGCAGGCAAAGGUUCUCCGACGAGAAGGAGCCGUAUUACAUCGAGGAGCUCAUGCAACUGAACCCACCGCUCGCCGCGUACACGGACCUCGACGACGAGCACGGAACCCUCGACGUGAACAAGUGCGACGACGACGACGCUCCUUGGAUCGUGGCGAAGCGCGAGAAGGACGCCGAGGAACGCGAGGCGCGCGCGAUGAUGGCCAAGAAAUCCGCGGAAGCGUCGCUCCUAAAGGCGGAGGCCGCGAAGCGACGCGAGAAGGACCUCAAGGCCAAGGCGGACGCUAAGCGCAAGAAGGCCCAGAUGCUCACCGCCGUCGCGGAGAAGGCCAAGAGGCGAAAGGAAAACGAGUCGCGGAGAAAGUCGUUCCAAAACGCCGCAGCCGCCGAGUACCGCGGCCCGUCCGCGUCCUUCGGCGAGACCGGGGAGACCAACGACGAGGAGGACGCGGCGUACGCGCUCCUGGCGGCGCUCAAGGGCGGCGACCGCGGUCGAGACGCGGCGUUGUAUUCGAGGCGAUCGGAGCCGCCGCGAAAAAGUAAGCCGCGGUCGGAGCGGAGGCGGCCGGUCGAAACCGUCGGGGAGUCGCGCGGGCGCGCCGCCAAGCCGAGGUUGAACAGGAGGUGCAUGCAGUGCUCGACGUGCCUCAACCCGCGGCUGAAGAAGCGGUGCCUCGGCCGCGAAGAGGGAUUCAUCGAGGACGAGCCCGAACCGGCGAGGAACGAGGAGGAUGAAAACUCGCCGGAGAAGCUCCUGGAGGAGGUGGAGAGGGACCUCAACACGGUGGUGUUCCCCCAGGAAAACACGGCGGUGGUCCCCCAGGAAGUCGCCGCGAUCCAUGCCGCGAGGGCCGCGCACAUCGCGCGGCUGCAGGAGAGCCUCGCCAUCCGCGUCGCGGAGACGGCGUCGAUGUCGAUGCCCCCGCCGGUGAAACUGCGCCACAGCGUGAGGCCGCCGUUUGUCAACAACGAGGAGGAGCCGCCGCGCCACGACGCGAGGCCGGCGUUUGUCAACAACGAGGAGGAGCCGCCGCGCCACGACGUGAGGCCGCAGAUGUUCAACAACGAGGAGGAGCCGCCGCGCCACGACCCGACGCCGCAGAACGUCGACAACGACGAGGAUGAGGAGGAGGAGGAGCCGGCGCCCAAACGCAAGCGCGGGCGCCCCCCCGGCAGCAAGUCCAAGCCAAAACCCGACACCGCGCCGCAGCCGCACCACCACCAGCCGCCGCCGCCGCCGAUCAACGCUCCCGUGAACAACCAGCCCGUCAACGACCGGCCCGUCGUCACGACGCCGCCGUCCGGCUCGGACGUCGACGAGCUCGCGCACGAACCCGCGGUGCGACCCGUCCCGGGGCUGCACGGCGCGGACCGCUGGGACGUCAACCCCCUCACCGGCGUGGACAGCGCCACCGGCCGGGUCAUCUCCGACGUGUUCGCCGGGGGCAGGCCGUCGAGCUGGCUCGUCCGCCUGCUGGCGUCGUACAUGGCGACGGAUAAGCUGGGUCGGCAGCGAAUGUGCGUCAUCAUCGCCGCGCUCGAGGAGCGGCAGCACAACUUUGCCGAGCGAUUGAUCCACGAUUUGAACCUCGAGGCGCAGCCGGGCAAGAGCGGGGACCCGAUCGUCGCGGCGUGGACCUACCGCCUGCUCCAGUACGCGUACGUGAGGCAGGGCGAGAGGGAAGGCGACGCCCUGAAGGCUGGCGAGAUUGCGGAGAAGAUGGAGCGGGAGAUUCGCGCGGCGCAGGAACAACACUCGUGGAAUAACAUCACCGGCCACGGCGGCGAGUUACCCGUCGGCGGGUGGCGCGCGAGCGACGGACCGCGAUCAUCGACGGCGAUCGCCACCGCCGGGUCCGCGGGCGCCGUCGGUAUCGUCUUCGACCUGAUCAUGUCGGGCAUCCUGGGGAAGAGGCCCACCAAGGAGGACUGGGCGCGGAUCAGCCACAACGCUCACGCCAUCGCCAUGCAGCACCCCAACGACGCGCUCAUCCUCCAGCUCUACGGGGGACUGCUCUGGCGACGCGGCGAGAUGCGAGCCGCGUCGAUGGUGCUGAUGAAGGCGUACCAGCACGACGGUCAGCAGGCGCGAGCGGCGCCGUGGGCGUUCGAGACGCUGCUGCUGAUGGGGGACAAGGAGAGCGCCACCGCGAUGUACGAGCGAGUGCACCGGUUCAACCCGGCAAUGUCGCUUCGGCUGAAGCGAAUCGCGGAGAGCACGAUCAGCGCGGUGGAAGCCCGCGGGCCGUGGCCGGAGAGUUUACAGGACCAGAACCAGCAGUAUCACCCCGGCGCGAUCGAGAGAUUCGCGGACAGGGCUCGUGCCUGA